AAAGCAGAGAGACUCCGUGCCUGGGAGGAAGACUGCAGACUCAGACCUCCAAGCAAGCUCAGCUCAGUUCAGCUGCCAGGGCUCCCUGUGGUUGGGCCAGGACUAGAGGCAGGGAGCCCAGCAGCAUCGGGACAGACAGCUCCUCAGGGCAGGAUGGUCCUCCUAGGGCUGGCUGCCCACUGGCUGCUGGGGAGUCUGCUGGUCACCCUGGGAGCUGGCAAGAGCAGAAUGCCCCGGUUACAACUUUCCUACAGAGAUCUCCUGGCCACUAACCGCUCUACCCUCUUCCUGGGCCCUCGGGGUAAACUGGAUCUAAGGGCUCUAUACCUGGAUGAGUACCGGGACCGGCUCUUUCUGGGUGGACGGGACACCCUCUACUCCCUGCGAUUGGACCAGGCAGGGCCUGACCCCAAAGAGAUCUUGUGGCCUCCUCGACCUGGCCAGAAGGAGGAAUGUAUCCUGAAAGGCAGGGAUCCCUUGACUGAAUGUGCCAACUAUGUUCGAGUGCUACAUCCCUACAACAGAACCCAUCUGCUGGCCUGCGGUACCGGAGCAUUCCAGCCCAUGUGUGCCCUCAUCACUGUGGGCCAUCGGGGGGAGCAUGUGUUCAACCUGGACCAGGCCAGCGUGGAAGGUGGGCGGGGACGCUGCCCACACGAGCCUGACAGACCUUUCUCCAGCACCUUUGUUGGUGGAGAGCUGUAUACAGGCCUCACUGCUGACUUCCUGGGCCGAGAAGCUGUAAUCUUCCGCAGCGGUGGUGCCCGGCCUGCCCUUCGCUCAGACACUGACCAGAGCCUCCUGCAUGACCCCAGGUUUGUGGGCGCCGCCCUUAUCCCCGACAACGCUGACCGAGACAAUGACAAGGUCUACUUUUUCUUCUCGGAGGCAGUUACCCUUCCCGAUGGGGGCUCUGGUCAGGCUAUUGUCAGCCGUGUGGGCCGCAUCUGCGUGAAUGAUGCUGGGGGCCAGAGAGUACUGGUGAACAAAUGGAGCACAUUUCUGAAGGCCAGGCUCAUCUGUUCUGUGCCUACCCCUGGCGGUGCUGACACCUACUUUGACCAACUGGAGGAUGUGUUCCUGCUGUGGCCCAAGGAUGGGAAGAGUCCAGAGGUCUAUGCCCUAUUCAGCACGCUUAGUGCUGUAUUCCAGGGCUUUGCUGUCUGUGUGUACCGCAUGGUUGACAUCUGGGAGGUUUUCAACGGACCCUUUGCCCACAGGGAUGGUCCUCAGCACCAGUGGGGACCCUAUGGGGGCAAGGUGCCCUUCCCUCGGCCAGGGGUGUGCCCCAGUAAGACCACAACCCAGCCUGGCCGGCCGUUCGGCAGUACCAAGGACUACCCAGAUGAGGUGCUGCAGUUCACCCGGGCCCACCCACUCAUGUUCCAAUCUGUACUGCCCCGGCAUGGGCGUCCCAUCCUUCUCAAGACUCACCUGCCCUAUCGACUUCUCCAGAUUGUGGUAGACCGAGUAGAGGCUGAGGAUGGGGCCUAUGAUGUCAUCUUCCUGGGCACAGACGUGGGCUCUGUACUCAAGGUCAUAGCUUUCCAGACGGGAAAAUCCGUGGAGCCUGAGGAGGCAAUCCUGGAAGAGCUGCAGGUGUUUAAGGUGCCCACACCCAUCAUCGAAAUGGAGAUCUCUGUCAAACGGCAAACGCUGUACGUGGGCUCUCCGCUGGGUGUGGCCCAGCUUCGGCUGCAUCGGUGUGAGACAUACGGUGACGCCUGUGCAGAGUGCUGCCUGGCCCGGGAUCCCUAUUGUGCUUGGGAUGGCAAUACCUGCACUCGAUACCAGCCCAGUUCUAAUAAACGGCGAUUCCGACGGCAAGACAUCCGACAUGGCAACCCAGCACUGCAGUGCCUGGGCCAGAGCCACAGUGGGGAUGUCAUGGGGAGUAUGGAGGCCACUGUGGUGUAUGGCACAGAACACAACAGCACCUUCUUGGAAUGCCGGCCCAAGUCCCCCCAGGCCACUGUGCACUGGUUUGUGCAGAGACCCAAGGAUGAACAGCCAGACCAGGUGAAGACAGAUGAACGAAUCCUACAAACAGAGCACGGGCUGCUAUUCCGGAGGCUCAAUCGCCUUGAUGUGGGCACUUACUCAUGUAAGACCCUGGAACACGGGUUCGUCCAGACAGUGGCCAGGCUGGCACUGGAGGUGAUAGCAGCUGAACAGCUGCAGGGCCUGUUCCCCCGGGAGCAUGGAGAAGAGGAGUCUAUUCCCAGGAAUUUGGCUUCAGGGCCAUCCCGCGCGUGGUACAAAGACAUCCUCCAGCUCAUCGGCUAUGCCAAUCUGCCCCGGGUAGAGGAGUACUGUGAGCGUGUAUGGUGCAGUGACCGUUACCGACGCAAGGGGAAACACAGCAAAGGCAAGAGCUGGCUGGGGACCGAGCUGGGAAAGAAGGCAAAGAGCCGAGCCCAGGGGGAACGCAAUCGGACCCCCCGGGAAGUGGAGGCUACAUAGGAGAGGAGGAGGUAGCCGCGAUGGGGAGCAGCAUUGCCCAGCUCUCCCAGAGGGAAACCUCCCGGGCUGCCCUGCUUUCUGCUCCCCCGACGCAUAUAGCUGGGGCAGGGAUGUCCAGAGCACAGACUGACCAUCUUGUCUAGCAUCCUAUCUUUUGUAGGGAAAUAAAUCUCUGGCCUCCCAGUGCCUAGGAGGCGGGAAUCCAGGGCUUGGGUUCUGGCCUGGAGAUCCCCAGGCUUCUGAUGAGGAUGGGAGGCCCCUUUCCUUAACCCUCUGUGCCAUAGCCCGCACCCCUUCCUGCCAGUUUCGCCAGGGACCGCCAAGCCCCAAGAGGCCUGCUCAUAUUCCACUGCCUUUGUUCUCCUUGGGAGGUGGGGUCUAGUUUUCCAAACACAUUUCCAGCUGUGCCCAAAGAUGAGGGCGGUUUUGUUUUUCUUUCUCAGCCCCUAAAACAAUAGCCAUUCUGAACAACUGUUAGGGUACCUGGGCCAGAGGAACAAGUCUCAUGUUGAAGUGGUGGCAGGUGAGACAAGAGACACUGAGAUUCUCUCAGGGUUCAAGGUCUGGGGGAAAAGGACAAGAUCAAAGACAGCAAGGAGGCCCAUGGACAAAUGUUUCCAUUCUUGUUUAAUAUAGGAAAACGCAGCAGAGUUCCCAUUAAUGGAAUCAAAUCUUCUUCAAGGUGGUGGGACAGUAGAGACUAGCCUGAAGAUGGGGAUGGGGGGAGGGGGAGUAGAGAAAUUUGUUUUGACUCAAUACCAGACAUAUCAUAGAUUUAGAGCUGAAAGGGACCUGUAAAGACCAUCUAAUCCAAUCCCUCGUUCUAUAUGUGAGGGAAACUGAGGCCCAGAGAGAUUAAGUGAAUUACUCAAAAUUACCAAGGUAGCAAGUGACAAAGUCAGGGUCUGAAGCAAGGUCCUUAGAAAUCUAGAGCCAGCAACCUUUUCUACUGUACCACACUGUUAUAUACCUUUGCUUCUCCUAUCAUUGGCCUUUUUAUCCACCUUCCCUCAUAGCUGAGGCUUGUGGAAGAGAUGGGACAAUACCCUUCAGUCUGAGCAACCUAGGCUUCAAAGCUGAAAGUCCAGGGAUCCGGCACUCCUCUCCAUAUCCCUGCCUCUUUGCGCCUUGAGGAGUCCCAUUAGAAUGAAGUAACUGGUUUAUCUGAGGCACUUAGUCCUGAUUUUCCCUCUGAUAAUUGGGGCACCAUUUAGAUGCUAGCAAGAGACAAGUUUCAGGCAGCAGAAGAAAGACCCAGUUCUAUUCUCACAGCUCAAUAUGAGUCAUCAAUAUUACAAACAAGAAAAAAAAAGCUAAUGCAAUAUGGGGUUGCAUUAAUAGAAUUCAAGUACCCAGAAGAAAGGAGAUCAAGGAAUAUAAUAGUUCUGCUGCCCUUUGCCCUGGUUAGUCAGCAUCUGGAAUACUGUUUUCUGCUCUGGGUGUUAUAUUUUAGAGAGCACAUGGACAAAGUGGAGCAUAUGCAGGGGAAGAAUCUUGUUGCAUGAAGAAUAGCCAAAGGAACUGGAGAUGUUUAACCUGGAGGCUUGGGGGCAGGAACUGGGGACAAGAGAGAAAAGGACCAUAGUCACUGUUUUUAAAUAUCUCAAGAACUGUCAUGUGGAGAAAGGAUUAUACUUAUUCUGUGCAGCUCCACAGGCUAGGACUAGGAUCAGUGAGUGAAAGUGCCAGGGAGAUGGAGUUCAGAUUUUUAAUUUGAUAAUAGACUGACCCAACAAGAAAGUGGGCUGCCUUGUGAAGUAGCUUUCUUGGGGAUGUGUAAGCGGAGGAUCAUGUCAAAACUUGUCUGUAGGGUAAGGAUGAUGGACUGAAAAAUCUCCAAGCUGUCCAGGGUGCACCCUCCUAUUACUGGAAUUUCCUGGUUUUCUGAUGGCAAAUUCCUGCUCCCUGCUUCAGUUCUCCCCCCUUCUCCCAACUAGGAGUCCUCUAUGCUCUGGCAUUGUUUUCUGUAGCAAUGGCUAAUGUGAACUAGAAAAUUCAGGUUCUCCAUUCCCCACCCCACAUGGAGAGGAUCAGAAAUUCCUGGCAGAAAGAUCCGGAAAUGAGAGAAAUGUCUUUAGGUGUAAUAGACGAAGGGGUGGCUGAGAACAAGUGGGAGCCAAUACUUCACCUGGCACCUGAGCAUGUAAUCUGGGGCUCUACUGUAAGCAUAUGCAUGGAACUAGGGUGGAUUAGAGAGAGGAUCAGUCUCUGAGUUGCAUAUGACCUCUCUCCCAGAGCCUGGGGUCUGAUCCCUCAUGCUGGGUCUCCAUCUGUCAAGGCAAAGAUUCAAAUUCAGUAUCACAGAUUUCACAGUCUGAACUGGUAGGCAGAGAGCCAGAGGAAUAUAGAGGACCUAGGAUCUCAGAGGAAAACAGUGUGAGACCCAUAGUGGGGUAAUGACAGUGAAAGAAGCCCUCUCCAAGAGUGAGAAUUGGCAUCAAUAACUAGUCCAAAGAGUCUUCUCAGGAGCUUUGGGAAAAGCUAUUAUCAGCUGUUAUCCUGGGUCUCUCCUUUUCUGCUGGGCAGGGCUCCCAAGAUGACAUUGAGUGUGAGCCAGCUUAAAUAGGUUUUUUUCUAAAAGAUGCAAAUUUAGAGGGAAAAGUUAGGAACUCUAAAUCCUGGCACAAGAUGUCUAUGUCUGGGACAAAUGCUACAUAGAGCCAUCGAAGGAGUAAUUCAGCCCUAGGGCUGAGGAGUGGGGGAGGAUUAAAUUGAAAAGACUGUUCUUACUCUGAAUUUGAUGAACAAAUUAGUCAGUGAUGCAGAAAAAGGGCAAAUGGAGGGGGGAAAAAAGAGCCAUGGGUCUGACAUUUCCUUCUCUUUGGAAGAAAAAAAAAGUAGUGGGGUUGGGGGGAGGUUUGCUCCUUUCCCUGAAACCCAUAUACCUUCUUUCUACCAUUACAUUUCAAAGUGAACCAACCUAAAGGGGAUGAGACAAGGGCAGAGUCAAUUAGACAAUUCUCCCCUUCCUGCUGUGAGUGUGGGAGACAGAGAAGGAAUGAAAAGUGGAAAAGAGAAAGUGUAAGGUAGAAAAUGGUACUACCCCAAGGAGGGGCAAGAAUGAGAGUGUGUGGCUAUAGCUAAGGCCAUUUCAACCACCAAUGAACAAUCCACUGUAUGAGUAGGGCCCAGCCUUUGACAAACUCUAUACUCAUCUUAUACUUUAGAGACAUUAGUCAAGCCAAGAAGCAUUUAUUAAGUGUCUACUCUAGUCAGGCGGGACGAUAGCAUAUGUAGCAUAGGGGAGUUGUACUCUGAAAACUUAACACUUAAAAAGUGAUAAAAUGUCAGUAUUUUCUGCCAAAUCUUGGUUUGGAAGCCUGUUUCUUUAAAUAUACCAUAUUGUUUCACUUGUGAAUAAGUCCUGUAAAUAUGCCAUAUAUUUGAAUUUUAUUUUUCUAUGUUGGGAUGGACCUUGUAUAUAGAAUAUGCUCUUUGCCAUUGGAGUAUGUUUCCUAUUUUUUUAUGAUAUAACUGUUACAUAAUUCUCCAGAAAGAUACCUAUAGAAGACUGCCAUGCUAAACCUCUGGGGUUGGGGAGGAGGUUAAUAGUAUUUGUAAUUUUGUUUCUGUGCAUAUACUGUUCUACUAGGGCUGCUCUUCCCAUUUCAGUGGCCUGUGGAUGGACAGCUGUAUGCUCCUGCCUAGGAUGUGGGAGGCUUUGAAGAGUGGUUACAGGUUUGCAAGGAGAAGCAGAGUGUUUUGUUUGUGGGAAACAAAGAUUGUUCAUUAAACUGGGAAAACCUA